GGAGUUCCCUGCCGGGAAAAGUCUCAGCCCUGGGUGUGGAAACCGCGCCGUGGCCUCGUGGCCGGCGGCCAAAACGAUGACGGGGCCCUCCUGCAGCUGCUCCUGCUGCUGCUCCUGCCGGCUCUCCCGCGCUCCCAGAGGUUCCCGUCCUUCCCGGAAUUCUGCCUGCGGGACCGGGAUUACCGGGAGCUGCUGGAAUUGGCCCGGGAGGGGUUGGGCCCCUCGGCCCGUCCCGCCAGGGUCGUCGUGGUCGGGGCCGGGAUCAGCGGCCUGACGGCGGCAAAGCUGCUCCACGACGCCGGGCACCAGGUGACCGUCCUGGAGAGGAGCGGCCGAGUGGGCGGCAGGAUCUGGACCUACCGGCCCCGGGGCCGGGACUGGUACGUGGAGCUGGGGGCGAUGAGGCUGCCGGGCAAGCACAGGUUGGUGCGGGAGUUCAUCCGCCAGUUCCGCCUGAAGCUCAACCCCUUCGUCCAGCGGGACAACAACACCUGGUACCUCCUCAACGGGGCCCGAGUCAGGGCCGGGGAGGUGGAGAGGAACCCCCAGGUCCUCAACUACCCCCUGGAGCCCUGGGAGAGGGGCAAGAGCGCUGGGCAGCUCUACAGGGAGGCCCUGCACAAGGCUUUCAAGAAGUUCCAGGACAUGGACUGCCAGGAAUUCCUGGCUAAACACGACUCCUUCUCCACCAAGGAGUACCUGAUCAAGGUGGGGGGUCUGAGCCGGGGGGCCGUGGACAUGAUCGGGGACCUGCUGAACGAGGACUCCGGGUUCUACCUCUCCUUCCUCGCCUCCCUCUGGGACUUCGACGUCUUCUCCAACGAGACCUUCGACGAGAUCACGGGGGGGUUUGACCAACUGCCCGAGGCCUUCCAGAAGUCUCUGCCCGGCGUCAUCCGCUUCAACUGCACCGUGGAGACCAUCGUGAGCAAGGGGGACGAGGUGCGGGUGUUUUACCGCGCCCCGGACACUCUGGCCCCGACGGCCGUGGCAGCCGACUACGUGCUGGUCACCUCCACGGCCAAGGCCACGCGGCACAUCCGGUUCCUGCCGCCCCUCUCCCGCGCCAAGGCCCACGCCCUGCGCUCCGUCCACUACGCCGGCGCCUCCAAGAUCGUCCUGGCCUGCUCCGAGAGGUUCUGGGAGAAGGACGGGAUCCGCGGCGGGCAGUCCGUCACCGACCGCCCCUCGCGCUUCAUCUACUACCCCAGCCACAACUUCUCCAGCGGCGUGGGCGUCCUGCUGGCCUCCUACACCUGGAACCGCGACUCGGAGUUCUUCCUGCCGCUGACGGACGAGCGGGCGGUGGAGGUGGUGCUGCGCGACCUGGCCGACGUGCACGGGGUGAGCCGGGACUUCCUGCGCCUGGCCUGCGACCGCCACGUCGUGCAGAAGUGGCAGCUGGACCGGCACGCCAUGGGGGCCUUCGCCGCCUUCACCCCCUACCAGUUCGCCGACUACUCGCAGGCGCUGUUCGCCGCCGAGGGCAGGGUGCACUUCGCCGGGGAGCACGCGGCCCAGCCCCACGCCUGGAUCGACACCGCCAUGAAAUCGGCCGUCAGGGCCGCCGCCAACAUCCACCACGAGCGCGGCGCCGGCGGCCGGGCCGGGAGCUCCGUGGGGAGGGAAGGGCUGUGAGGGGAGGGAAGGGCUGUGAGGGGAGGGA